UACAGUAUAAUACCCUAUAUAUUCAUUCAGCUAACAAAAGUGUUGCUAUUUGACCAAAACCCUAGCGGCUCAGGAAUCUGCAUCUCAUUUCCGUAAAAGGGUUUGGUUUUCUUGUCGAUCGAUUCUUCAACCAUGGCAGAUGUUGAUGUUGAUGUUGCUGCUGCUGGACUGCCGAAGAAGAGAACGUUCAAGAAGUUCAGUUUCAAGGGCGUUGAUUUGGAUGCACUUCUUGACAUGUCCACUGAUGAGCUUGUCAAGCUCUUCUCUGCUCGUGCUCGUAGAAGGUUUCAGAGGGGUUUGACAAGGAAGCCAAUGGCCCUCAUUAAGAAGCUGCGCAAGAAAAGGGAAGCUCCCCCAGGUGAGAAGCCAGAACCAGUCCGCACCCACCUCCGUAAUAUGAUUAUUGUACCUGAGAUGAUUGGCAGCAUUAUUGGAGUAUACAAUGGCAAGACUUUUAACCAGGUUGAAAUCAAACCUGAGAUGAUUGGCCAUUACCUGGCGGAGUUCUCAAUUUCAUACAAGCCAGUCAAGCAUGGUAGACCUGGUAUUGGUGCUACCCACUCGUCCAGGUUUAUUCCUCUUAAGUGAGUUUGUUCUUGGGAGUCCACAUUUGUGGUAUGCAGUGAUUCAGAAGAAAACCCCAUGUUAAUCAGAUUUUGUUAUACAUUUUAUUGCCCAAUCAGUUAUCUUUGUUUUGACUCUUGAUUUAUUAGGACUUAGUUCCAUAGUAUUAACAGUUUGCUCUGGAUUGCUAAAGUUUUUUGUUUUAUUUUGUUCACCCAUUUUGUGUUACCGAUGGUUCCCGAGUCAUGUAUACUGGAUUUUGUUGUCUGAAAACUGUGUGCCUUGCUUGUUCCUUUUGUGCUAUAUUCACUUCAUUGUAGUUGCUUAAAAACUUGAGGAUACGGUGCUUCAAAUUCAAAAUAGUCGUUUUGAAGAUAGUGGUGCUGUUGCAGGUGCUGGUAUGUACUUAUAGGGGGAAGAAGUUUGUGUUCAUAGAUUCAAACCUUUUUGGUGUAAUUGUAGCCAAA